CGUAAAACAAGAUGGCGUCGCCUUGGAAAUAAUUCGCUUUGGAUGGGUUUGUAGGCGGUAAACUCUGCCUUCCUUUAGCUUUCUGUCCUGUAGAGAGGUUUUACUGAUAAAGACACGUUUUCAGAUUAGAUAAGACCACCGAAGGCGCUGUGAGACGCCCAGGUGGAGUCCACCUAUCUGCUGUUUGUUCCCUCCUCCGACCCUCCGGUGAUAGCCGGAGUGGUGAGCCGCUGACAGACAGGAUGGACCCCGGAGAGUACGUCUCUCCCAUGGAGACCAUGGACUCGACUUUAGCGGAAUUGGGGGACGAAUUCACGUUAGGAGACAUAGAUGAGAUGCUGCAGUUUGUUAGUAACCAGGUGGGGGACUUCCAGGACAUGUUUGAGGACCAGAUGACCACACCAGCCUCCCUACAAAGCGGCGUCAGUGGCUCUGCCCAGCGGCUGGCGAUUCAAACCCCGCCAACUCCCCAGACCCCAAACAGCACUGCUUUCCAGACUUCCACCAUGGGCCUCGCCCCAUCCCAGACACUGUCUCCUCAGUCUAUACCUCUUACGCCUCCCCUCACCCCUGCACAGACCCCCUCCCCCAACACUCCUCCCUUAGUGCAGCAGCAGUUGAACCGCAGCCCUCCAUUGCUUCAGCCACGGCCUCAGGUGGUCCAGCCCAUCCAGCCUCAACUUCAGCAUACUCCCCAGGCGGCCAUCCAGAUGCACACCCAGGGGGUUGCAUUGCAGACCCAACACUUCCCGGUCCACACCCUGGUUCAGACCCACACCCAGACGCCCCUGCCCAUCCAGACACAAGCACCCCAAACCGUGAUGAUUGCUUCCAACGGGGCGCAGUCUCGCUUUAUCCAGAACCCAGUCAUCUGCCAUCAGAGUCCCGCUUCUGGUUUCCAAGUACUCCAGCCACAAGUGCAGAGCAUCAUGACAUCACAACAACUGCAGCCAGUCACCAUUCAGCAUCAGCGUGUUCUGACCCCAACAGGUCAAACUAUCCAGACUCUCUCUACAGCGCCUACUGCUGUCCACACCAUGCAGCAGCAGAUGCAACAAGUUCCGGUUUUGGUCCAGCAGCCUCAGAUUCUUAAGACAGACUCACUGGUUCUCACAACGCUCAAACCAGAUGGGACUCAGCUGUUGUCCACCAUGCAGAGCCCUGCAGGAAUCACCACCCUGACCACACCCCUCCAGAACACAGCGUUACAAGUCCCGACUCUGAUGGGCACCAACAUUCUGACCACAGUUCCUGUUAUGAUGGGCGGAGGAGACAGGCUGCCCAUCAAACAGCUCCAGCACGGCUCCAUCACUUGCACUAACGCUGCCAGACCAAGUAUGGAGCAGAGCCCAGUGUCAGCAGCAGUGGCAGGGCAAGGAGUAGUGGUAAAGGAGGGCGAAAGGAGGACAACCCACAACAUCAUCGAGAAGAGAUACAGGUCCUCCAUCAACGAUAAGAUCAUGGAGCUCAGAGACCUCGUCAUGGGCAACGACACAAAGAUGCACAAGUCAGGAGUGCUGAGGAAAGCUAUUGACUACAUAAAGUACCUGCAGCAGGUCAACCACAAACUACGACAAGAGAACCUCACCCUCAAGAUGGCCAACCAGAAGAACAAGCCUGUGAUCGUGUCAGAAGACAUGGAGCUCAAACAGGAGGGAGUGUUGAUGUCCCCUCCGGCCUCAGAUUCCGGCUCCAGCUCCCCACACCAGUUCUCUCCGUACUGUGUCGACUCUGAGCCGGGAAGCCCCUUACUGGAUCACCAUCAGGUGAAGAGCGAGCCAGAUUCUCCCUCCACGGUGGGAGUGAUGGAUCGUUCACGGCUGCUUCUGUGCGCCCUGACGUUCUUCUGCCUGUCUCUAAACCCACUGCCCUCUUUGCUGGGCUCAGAGGACCCAGAAAACCCCGGCCUGACAGCAGCCCACGUCCCAUCUCGUACACUUGUCUGGUUUCCAACUCACACACAGGACUUUGGUUCUUGGCUGCGCUGCCUCUUACCGUGGGUGAUCGUUUGGGUCCUGAGUGGAGUGGGGGCGCUGUGGGGCUGUGUCAGGGUGCUGUACCUGUGGGAGCCUGUAACACCCCUUCACUCGCCCAAAUCUGUGUCCUUCUGGAGGCACCGCAAACAAGCAGACCUACAUCUCAACAGGGGAGAUUACACAGCAGCGAUGGCCAGCUUAGAGACUUGUCUCUCCGUCUUGACAAGAGCUCUUCCCUCAAGCCGUCUGGACCUGGUUUGUUCCCUCUCCUGGAAUUUCAUCCGCUACUGUCUGCAUCGUCCAGUGCCUUUUGGCUGGCUGGUCCACCAGGUUGGGGGGAAGUACGAGGGAGAAGAGGCAAAGAUGAGUGCGAAAGAUGCAGCGUUGGUUUAUCAUCAGCUGAGCCAGCUGCAGCUCACAGGAAAGUUGCCUCAGCGCAGCAGCCUGUGGGCUUUGUCUCUGUCUCUGAGUGCUGUCAACCUCAGCGAGAGUGCCCAAGGCAAGAUGGCCCCAGCUCAGUUUGCUCAGAUUUAUGUCACUGCAGCAACAGCCCUGCGCACCGUCCUGGGUCACCAUCUCACUUUUCUGUCUGGAUACCUUAUUGGUUGUGCUGAGAGCGUGGCCAACCAGUCGGAGACCAAGCAGAUCCCCGACUGUCUGCGCUGGCUCUUCACUCCCCUGGGGCGUCAGUUUUUCCUAAGCUGUGAUUGGUCGGUGAAAUCAGACAGCAUCGAUGAAGUGUUUACUUCUCAAAGAGACCCAGCCGACCCCAUCGCCCAGCUGCACCAGUGUUUCUGCAGGAAGCUUUUGGAAAGAGCCGUUCACACACUCAUCCAGCCGCAGAGCGACUCUGAUGCAGGCGGCUGCAAGAACAACUUGGGGGAAUUCUCCAGUGCCCUGGAGUUUCUAGAGUUGUUGAACAGCUGCACUGAAGACUCUCCUUCCCCUCCAACCCCCUUCUCAACUCCUCCCAGUCACACCACCAAUUCAGUGGGCGACCCGGUGAGUCGCUGGUGGGCUCUGGUCCUGAAGGCUGCUGUUCAUUGGCUGCAGGGUGAUGAUGUUGCAGUGAGAUCCCUUUUGGCAGAAGCAGAGCGAAUGCCGAGGGCUCUGCUCAUGCUCGACCACCCUCUGCCCAAAGCUGUGCUCCUGCUCUGUAAGGUGGUUCAGAUGAGCCUGUCUACUCUGAAAGGAGACGGAGUGGUGGCCUGCCUCUCUCACUGUGACAGAGCCAGUGGCUACCUGCGCUCCAGCAUCUCCGUGCCACUCGCCCAGUCUGGGAACUGGCUCAACAAGGGGGUGGAGCUUCUUGUUUGUGAUCUACUGCUGACAUUAAGGACCAGUUUAUGGCAGCGAGGAGGCAGCAGUAACGGAGAACCUGGUCCAGCUCCUGGAUCCCAGUUGGCCGGUUUCCAGAGGGACCUAAGCGCCCUCAGGAGGCUCACCCAGUGCUACAGACAGGCACAGCACAAGGUUUUCCUUCAUGAGACCACGGUGCGACUGAUAGCUGGAGCCAGUCCAACAAGGACCCACCAGCUACUGGAGCACAACCUGCGGCGCAGGACACACAGCUCCUAUUCAGCCGACGGUGAGUGCAUUGUAGGUGAGAGGGAGAGAGCUCACGCCAUUCUUCUCGCCUGCCGCCACCUGCCCAUGCCUCUGCUGACCCCGCCGGGCCACAGAGCUCGCCUGCUGGCCGAAGCCAAGCGCACCCUAGAACGAGUGGGGGACCGUCGGUCGGUGCAGGACUGUCAACAGAUUUUGCUGCGCCUCAGCGGGGGCACCACCAUAGCUGCUUCCUAAAGGGGCGCAGUGCAACAACCACCCUUUGUUUUCAUGAAAAGAGUAAAUGUUGACAUGGAUUAGUAACACAGCUGGUCAUUUUUUCCACAUAGUCCAAAACAGAAGGAUCCAACCUGGGUGAAAUGUAGGCUUGCCUGGCGUUUUCCAAUCCAAUCUUUGCUCAAAUUGUUACAGUGCUAUGGCUCCACCGUCUGGCCAUUAGUGGUACUGGCAGCCUCCUUUCAGAUUGGGGCUCAUUGAAACUCCUUCCUCUACUAUAUUCAGAAAUGAUAGGAAGUUACAUCAAAAUUUAGCUUCUUUUUUGCUCCAGUGGAUUCAGCAGAAUAAUCCUAACGGGUCCAAAAAACCGGAAAAGGAACCAUUACCUAACAGCUGUUUAAAUUACUGCAUUGCAGAUGAGUUUUAGGAGAUAGUCAUUCAACUGUUAUUGGCUCGUGCUGAUGACUGGUUGAAUUACUGCUUACUGUUUCCUUUUAAUUUGCAAGCUUCCUCAUAGUAUUCUAGAGCAAAGAGUGGAAGAGGCAUGCAGACCAGCUUGUUUUAACCUUGCAGUGCUGAGUAGUGUGUCUUAUCUACCUCAAACACUGUACAGUGCCAGCACUGUAUCACAGAUCAACACAGGAAAAUGCAGCACAUGAGUUAGCCUGAAAUUAGACUCCAUGAUCGGAAGUGAGGCUUCGGUUUCUUACAAACCUCUCCUUGAUAUUCUUUGUUUCUUCUUGAGGCGAUGUACAUCCAGAACGGCAUAUUAAAGUGCAAGGUCAACUGUCUGAGCCUACCAACAGCUCUCACUCUCCGGCUGUAGCCACAAACAAAGCCUUUAGGAAUGUCACAGAGAACACAAAGUGUUCUGCUACUGCAGCGACAUGCAAAACGCCGCCAGCUUACAGGUGGUUCAGGGCAAAUAUGGCUUCCUGCUGCAUCUGUCUGAAAAAAACCCGGAGCAAAUCCCAAAUGAGUCCUGGUGGCGGAGCGCUGUAGUGGUUUGCACACCUCAAUGCGUUGUCUUUCCCUGGAAGUGAGGUCCAUCUAUAAUGUUAAGCUCUCAAGCAAAACAGCCUUUUUGUUAUGUAAAAAAUAUUAUCUUAUGUUGUAUCAAUUUGGAAAAGAUCGACAAGUUGUAUCUUUUCGAAUUCUUUGUUGAAUUAGCUUUUUACUUGUAAUUAUCAACAUGAAGCAAAACUUUUAUGUUUCUUUGCUCUGGAUAUUUUAUUUAAUGGUUGUGUGAGAUUAAGGCUUUUGGGGGUCAAUGUUGCAGCUUUGUUAUUGUUUUGUAUCUGUAAAAGCAGCAUAGGGCCAAAAACUGUAAAAGCAAAAUGUUUUUAUUGUUUUUAUACAAAGGUUGUCCAGACUUAUAGCUUGGUAUGAAAGUCUUACUUCAUUCAAGCAUAGUCAUUUUUUUAAGAUAUAAAGGCAUACGGAUAUUAAAUUCAAGGACUCUGGUUUUAUGGAAAAGAGACUAAUCUUUAAUUAGCACUGGAAAUCUUUUACAGUGUAUAUUUAGCUUCCCUGACUGGUAAACAGAUAAAAAAGGUGAUGUUUCAGCUGGCGUCGUAUUGUUAGAGAGUUUUCUAUUGUAUGUCUUUUUUGUUUUUUUCUUUCAAGAGGUUUUAUUGUUUGAACUGUUUUUUUCCCAUAUGUUUCCUAAUAAAACAGCAGAACGCA